AUGAAAUUGCACGUCAAUUACGCUCUUCUCCGUGGAGUACCAGCUACCGGAAGCCAGACCAACAGACCCUUCUGCCGCAAUUGUGGCCGAGAAACUGCUCCGCCUUCCUCACAGGCCAUCCUGACUCGACUUUGGCCGAGAAGCUGCGGAAGAAGCGGUACUCUUUCGGCGAGUCCCCCAUCUCGGGGCCAGGACACGGCCACUACUGGAGUCUACUCCAGUCUCCCUCCGCCUCCUUCGGAAGGGCAUGCGCCGCCACGCCGCUCUUCUUUUACUUCCGCUGGAGGCAGUUGUUCCGGACGCUGGUCACCGCGGCCACGAUCCACGCGUAAUUUUGGUAAGGAUCACACCAGAGGAACAGAAAAGCUCUAUGCUCGCUGGUUUACAAACACUGCCUUGUGCGCUGCUAGCGAUAAACAAGAAUCAACCAAACUCUACAGUAGUAAAAUCCAAAAUGAGAACGACACAAGCCAGCAACAAAUCGUAACCGACAGGAAUAAAUAG